AAAGUACAAACAAAGAUGGCCGACAUUAGGCUUGAAGUCCCUGCUGAAAAUUCAGUUUUAGAAGUACUUUAUGAUGGCACUGAACUAUAUCAACAGCCUCCGACUAUGUCGGAGAAUCUCACUCAGCUGGCGAGAAAGAUAGACUUUGCAGCUGAAGGAGAAGAAGCAGUCAGUGAUGAGAAGAAUGAAGAAGAAGAGGAGGAGGAAAAACAACCCUUUCAACAACCUCAUUGGCCAUUAGAAGGUGUGAGGAACAAAAUUAGGACACAGACCAAAAUGAAUAGGUCGAAGAACGAGAAGCACUGCUCUUGUGGGCGUUUUACCAAUCAAGAGAGUAAAAAAUAUAAAAGGAAUCCUAAACACGUAUCUAGCAUGCAGAAGAGCCAUCAGAGUAUUUUCUAUAAAAGAUCCUAUAUUUCUUUAGAACAAAAAGGUGAUCGACACAUUAUGCUGCUCUCAUUAAAGAACCUCUCUAUUAGAUUACAAAAAAAAUAUCUAGGAGAACCAUCGCUAUUCACAGUAGGUGCAGCAUGCACAGUUGCACUCCAGUUAUAUUUCUCCAGCCAGACCCCAGUUGACAACCCAUAUCAUCCUUUGGUAAAUCAACACUGUGGUGACAUAAGCCAGUCAGAUAAUCCUGAGUGCCAAAAAUUGUCAUCAGUAGGAAGUAUCUCCCAAAAACAGAGCCUUCAGUCUGCGGCCACAACCCUGCUAAGUGGGGCUGAGCGGUUGCGCACAUCCCAGGCAGAGAUGGGGAGACCUAACAGAAGUGUACCUGACUUUCACAUUGAACUCCUGAGGCUUCGCCAGAAUUGGAGGUUAAAAAAGGUUGGCAACACCAUAAUAGGAGACCUUUCAUAUCGUUCAGCUGGCUCGAUGUUCAGACAUACUGGUAUUUUUGAAGUAUCAAAAGCUGAUGACAUAGGAGGUCCAAGUACAGCAGUAGUACCUGGAGGAGCAUCUCCUGUAUCUCCAGUUGCCAAUCGAAGCCAUCAGUCUUCCCUUAGAGUUAAUGUACCAACUGAACUGAUGGGCUCUGCUUAUAUUUUUGUAUGCAUAAAAAAAGAUGAAGAGGACAUAUGUUCUGCACAGUUAAGCAGUAGCGACUUUGUGUCUGUGGACACCCCAUGGCAACAGAAGCUGGAAAAGGCACAGAAUGUCUUAUUUUGUAAAGAACUCUUCAGUCAGUUGGCAAGAGAAGCAGUCAAACUCACACCAUCAAUACCUCAUCUUGUGGUUGGCAAUCAGAUCACAGCAACCAUCUUCCCAGGAAUCCACCUUUUAGUUGGUCUUUGUCACUCAGAUGGAAAAAACAAUAUAAAAAGUAAAACAAACCCUGCACAAGGACAAAAUAUGACAAACACAGGCACUGGUCCGAUAGCAAAUAGCAGUGGUAUGGGAGUUGGUGCCGGGCUGGGACCAUCCAAGUACAAACAUGAACAUGAUCUGGAACAUUCACUACAUCAGCUACUUCAUCGUGUUUACCAUAACAGUUUUCAACAUCCUCUACCACAUCCUGUUUAUGCUCCAAUGGGCAUGUCAAAACGUAGAAGGUUAGCAGGACCUGAAGGAAUGGACAGGAACCAGGUAUAUACAAUAAAUGCACAUUAA